CUUUGACAAGACCUGACAACUCCUUUUGCUUGUCACCAAUUCAAAAUUAUGUCUUAGUCCAAUUUUUUAUUCUGUAGGGUGUCGGGCAAGUCGAAAUCCAUGUUGCUGUUGGAAGGAAUAUCUCAAUUGUAUAAAUUCAAGUUGAUUGUCCAAAACGUUAUCUCACCAGGUUGGGUGCCGAAAUAUGUGAACGGUGGAGGUGGACGCAACUCUAGAUUUGUUGAAAUCUACAAAGAGUCUUCGUUACCUAAGAUUUUUCCGCCCUUGGUGCUGCACAAUUACAGUUCUAUGUACACCGUUUUCGUAGAAAAUACGGGCCAUUCCAUCAAAAUUGAUCUUAGGUCGGAUGACGAGGAAUGCGAACAGGGUGAUUUGCCCGCUAUAAGUGGAUCAUUGCUUCAAGUUUUUGCUGAAUUUAAUAAGUUGAAUGUAAAGGCUGUAGGCGAAACUACAUAUCAAAGUUGCCCCAAAAGUAUCAAAAUCUGGAUUAAUCCAAACAAGGCAUGUUGGGUCAAGGCAAAUUUUCAGAUCGGUAGAUACAUUCUGAAGAACGUUCAUUUCCACUGGGAGGCUGACCACGUCAUCAAUGGCCGUAUGUUUCCUUUAGAGGGACAUUUCGUGCAUCUACCAGAAAAUCCAGAUUCUGGCGAUACAAGUGUUGUGUUGUCUGUUUUUUAUGAGACUUGAAUGUUAAAAAGGCAGAGUUUCUUCGUGCUGAAUUUGAUUGCCAAAACUCUCAGUCGUCAAGGAAAAGCUGAGUCAAAUUGUGGAUGGAUUGAGGUUCAGUAGGGUGUCCAAAUGUGCAAAUCCAACAUUUGACAUCAUAUGUGACGGUGUAGAUCAAGUGUCCAAGGAAGUCGAAUGUCCCGUGGAAUCCAAAAAAGCCAUCGCUUUGCAAGGUCUCCUGCCAAAAAGGAUAAGCUCAUAUUUUACGUAUGAAAAUUCUGAUGGGGAGGAGAUCAUCUUUAUAAUAAUGGCGACACCAGCUAAAAUAUCAAAACGUCAGUUAGUUGGAAUAACUUCAAUCUGCGAUGAAAACGGUAAAAUAGAAUGUUAGCU